CAUCUUCGCCUACCCACCCAUUUGAUUUUUCUACAGACACUGGUUUUCAAUUUUUCAUCUCUUCAAAAUCAAACCGAUUGAAAACAUCGAAACGGUACCGUUUCAUUUCCCCCAAUUUUUAGGGUUUCCACUGCAAUCGAAGCCUUAAACCGACAAAUCUUCGUUCAAUUUCAUUCAAAUUCGUGUUCUAUUCGGUUUCGGAUCCUCCAUUUCGACUAAUUCAUCGAUAAUCUUCACAUUCGCGAUUCGAUUGAUCGUUUUUUCUGCCGAAUUUGAAGAAGUUGUAAAUUAGGGUUUUACGAAACAUGUUAGGAGCUGGAUUGCAGUUUGGACGGAGUCGUAACGGAGAAGAUAGGUUCUACAAUCCAUCAAAAGCGAGAAGUAACCGUCAGUUUCAGGAGAAUCUCCGGCGAGCUCAAAGUGACGUCACUGAAACCGAUUCUACGACGUCGUGUGGUGCUACUGCGAAGGCUUUGAAAGUGAUUCCGGUGGAACCGCCGGUGUCUUCGCCGGUGUGUAAUCUGGAACGGUUUUUGGAGUCGGUUACACCUUCUGUUCCUUCUCAGUAUAAGAGAGCUACGGGUGGGUGGAGGACUUGUGACGAAUAUCAACCAUAUUUUGUGCUUGGUGAUUUGUGGGAGUCUUUUAAGGAGUGGAGUGCUUACGGGGCUGGAGUUCCUUUGAUAUUGAAUGAUACCGAUAGUGUUGUUCAGUAUUAUGUUCCUUAUUUGUCUGGAAUUCAAUUAUACAUGGACCCUUUGAAGUCUUCAGCAAAAUCAAGGCAACACAGCGAGGACAGUGAUGUUGACUCUUUCAGGGACUCAAGUAGUGAUGUAAGCAGUGAUUUUGAUCUCCCAAAGAGCGAGCUUUCUCAGAGGUUUGAUCAAUUGUCAUUAAACUACUAUCAUGCCCUUCAAGAAGGCUUCUCUAGUGAUGAGGGUGAAUCUAUGAGACCUCAAAGCUCUCUCGCGUUUGAGUAUCUGGAGCACAGUCAACCUUGGGGUCGGGAACCUUUGACUGACAAGAUACUUGAUCUUGCCCGUUGCUACCCUGAAUUGAAAAGUGUGAAAAGUUGCGACUUGCUAUCUUCUAGUUGGUUAUCUGUGGCCUGGUAUCCAAUUUAUCGUAUUCCAAUGGGCCCAACAUUGAAAGAUCUUGAUGCUUGCUUUCUGACCUUUCAUUCUCUUCAUACGCCUAUCUCAGGCAAUCAAUGUGAGCAUCCACCAGUUGCCAUGCAUCCUGGAGAAACAGAUGGCGUCCCGAGGAUGUCCUUACCAGUGUUUGGUCUUGCUUCUUACAAGUUAAAAGCGCCAAUGUGGAUCAACAACGAACGCUUGUUGCUGACUGAUCUUUUGCAGGCGGCUGACAGUUGGCUGUCAAACCUUCAGGUUAAUCACCCGGAUUUUCUUUUCUUUUCCCGUAGAUGAUGAUGAUGAUGAUGAAAAUGAUUUUGGUUUGUAAUAGUUAAGAGUGGGAGUGAUAACAGCAGGCUGUAUUUUUUUGUGCCCUGGUGAUGUUUGUAAUGGUUAUGAACUAGUAUAGUACUUACUUAGCAUGUGUAGUGUUGAGUGUUUUUUAGGCUAGUCAUCUUUUAUAUCUAUGAUAUGACUGCCAUGUUCAUUGGAACUCAUUUGUGUUAAAUAGGUAUAAAAACCGAAUAAUCA